UUUCAUUCAAAGGGAAAUGAAUACAUUAAUAUUCGUACUGUAUAUGAUUCAUGGAUAUAUAUAAACAACAAAUUAGUAAUUGAUAUGGGAGGAAUACAUCCAGCAGAACUAUCAAAGGUUGAUUUAUCAACUGCCAAACUGGGAAUUAUAAAAAACAACACUUAUCCAAUUGACAUCUUCCUGUGCCAGAGACAUACCGAUAUUUCCGCAUUAUAUCUUAGUACCAACAUUAAUGUCCAAUGUUUGGAGACUGAUUACUGUGGAGUGUGCAAUGGAGAUGGCUCAUCAUGUUGCAAUUCCAAAAUAGAUUGUGAUGAUAAAGAUGCCUGCACCAUUGAUACCUGCCCCUCGAUCUCAACUCCUGGUGUCAACAUUACCAACUUCAAGACAUUCUGUGCACAUCCCAAGAUGACUUGCGACAAACAAAAUAACGCCGAUCUCUGUUUCAACUGGGUAUGCGAAGGUGGAGAUUGUGUCAAGGGAAGUGCCAAGACCUGUCCAACUCUAAAGUGCCAGGUGCUCAGUGGAUGCGAUCCCGAGUUAGGAUGUCAGUACAAACCAAAGUGUGUGGCCGCCGACAACUGUACUUCAACAAUAUGCAAUGACUCGGGAGAGUGCGAGGACAACAAAAUCACUUGUUCAUCAACAAACAUGUGUUUGGAGUACUCAUGUGACAAGAAUCAAGGAUGUAUCUCCAAGACCAAGACUUGUGUACCCGAGACUCCUGCCCCAUGUACGGUCUACUCAUGUGAACCUGAUAAGGGAUGCAAAAGUGAACAACUCGAUAAGUUCCAUUGUGAUUGUUGCCCUCCCGACCAGACCCCCAAGUGCAAGGUUGCCUCCUGUGAUAUGGGUACAUCCAAGUGUAUCUAUACUGAUGCACCCUUCGAUGAGGGUGACCCUUGUACUGAUGAUGGAUGUGACACUAGCUCCGGUGUGAUUUGGCAUACCCCAGUUGUGUGUCAUGGAUGUCAGAGAUGUACCAAGGCAGCUGGCAAGUGUGUAGACACAGACUCUGUUUGCAACAAUGGUAACCAAUGUACCCCAGGUACAUGUAAGGACAGCAUAUGUUCAUUCAAAGAGAAGUCUUGUGAUGAUAAUGACCCAUGCUCCAAGGAUUUCUGUAAUCCCAACACAGGAUGCAAUCAUACCAAAGAGGAGUGUCCUGAUCUUGGGCUCUGUCAAGUUGGAGUCUGUUUGCCAAACAAAGGAUGUGGAUAUGCUGCAAGGAACUGUUCAUCAAAAGAUUUCUGUACAGAUUCUUUAUGUGAUGAACGUCUUGGAUGUCUGGAGUUCAAGAAGGUGUGUAGACCAGACAAUCCAACAUGCCAGGUUGGAGCAUGUAACACAACUACACAAUCAUGUGAAUUCAUCAAUAUCACUCCAAUCCCAGAAGAAUGUAUACCAGUUACCUCUACCACAACUACAACUACAACUGGGCCAACUACUACCACUCCCACAUCAACAACUUCUACAACAUCAACAUCCACUACAUCCAGUCCAACAUCAACAACAUCAACAUCAACCACAACUACGACAAACACAGCAUUGUCCAACAACUCCCCUCUCAUUAUCAUGUGUUACAUCGUGGUAUCAAUCACAAUGUUAAUCAUG